CCGCUCUGGAGCUGUCCAUGGCCGGCACCGCCGCCAUGAUGUGCGAGGUGAUGCCCACCAUCAGCGAGGAUGGCCGGCGGGGCUCGGCGCUGGGCCCAGACGAGGCGGGCGGCGAGCUGGAGCGCCUCAUGGUCACGAUGCUCACGGAGCGCGAACGCCUGCUGGAGACUCUGCGCGAAGCUCAAGACGGACUGGCUACAGCGCAGCUGCGGCUGCGCGAGCUCGGCCACGAGAAGGACUCACUGCAGCGUCAGCUCAGCAUCGCACUGCCCCAGGAGUUUGCAGCUUUGACAAAGGAGCUGAACUUAUGUCGGGAGCAGCUGCUAGAGAGGGAGGAAGAGAUUGCAGAGCUGAAGGCAGAGCGGAACAACACGCGGCUCCUCCUGGAGCACCUGGAGUGCCUGGUGUCCAGGCAUGAAAGGUCACUGCGCAUGACCGUGGUGAAGCGCCAGGCCCAGUCCCCAGGUGGGGUCUCCUCCGAGGUCGAGGUGCUGAAGGCUCUAAAGUCCCUCUUCGAGCACCACAAGGCCUUGGAUGAGAAGGUCCGGGAGCGGCUGCGGAUGGCGCUGGAGCGAGUGGCAGUACUAGAGGAGGAGCUGGAGCUGAGCAAUCAGGAGACUCUGAGCCUUCGAGAGCAGCUGUCUAGGCGGCGGUCAGGCCUGGAAGAGCCAGGCAAGGAUGGGGAUGGGCAGACCCUUGCCAAUGGCCUGGGUCCUGGUGGGGAUUCAAACCGUCGCACAGCGGAGCUGGAGGAGGCCCUGGAGCGGCAGCGUGCAGAGGUGUGCCAGCUUCGGGAGCGCCUGGCGGUUUUGUGCCGUCAGAUGAGUCAGCUGGAGGAGGAGCUGGGCACCGCUCAUCGAGAGCUGGGCAAGGCUGAGGAAGCUAACUCCAAGCUGCAACGGGACCUCAAGGAGGCGCUGGCGCAGCGGGAGGAUAUGGAGGAGCGUAUCACCACACUGGAGAAGCGCUACCUAAGUGCUCAGCGCGAGGCCACGUCGUUGCACGACGCCAACGACAAGCUGGAGAAUGAGCUGGCUAGCAAGGAGUCGCUGUACCGGCAGAGUGAAGAGAAGAGCCGUCAGCUGGCGGAGUGGUUGGACGAUGCCAAACAGAAGCUGCAGCAGACGCUACAGAAGGCGGAGACAUUGCCGGAGAUAGAGGCGCAACUGGCCCAGCGCGUGGCAGCGCUCAACAAGGCUGAGGAACGUCAUGGGAAUUUUGAAGAGCGUCUUCGGCAGCUGGAGGCCCAGUUGGAAGAGAAGAACCAGGAGCUGCAGCGGGCACGGCAGCGAGAGAAGAUGAACGAUGACCAUAAUAAGCGUCUGUCUGAGACCGUGGACAAGCUGCUAAGCGAGUCCAACGAGCGGUUACAGCUUCACCUCAAGGAGCGCAUGGGGGCACUGGAAGAGAAGAACUCCCUGAGUGAGGAGAUUGCCAACAUGAAGAAGCUUCAGGAUGAGCUACUGCUUAACAAGGAGCAGCUCUUGGCUGAAAUGGAACGGAUGCAGAUGGAGAUUGACCAGCUGCGGGGGAGGCCACCAUCUUCCUACUCCAGGUCUCUCCCUGGCAGUGCCCUGGAGCUUCGUUACUCUCAGGCACCCACGUUACCUUCUGGUGCCCACUUGGACCCCUAUGGGGCUGGCAGCAGCCGGGCAGGCAAGAGGGGCCGCUGGUCAGGGGUCAAGGAUGAGCCCUCCAAGAGGCAGGAUUGGGAGCGGUCGGCCCCUGCAGGUUCCAUACCACCUCCGUUCCCUGGCGAGCUGGAUGGGUCAGAUGAGGAGGAGGCAGAAGGGAUGUUUGGAGCUGAGCUGCUGUCCCCCAGUGGGCAGGCUGAUGUGCAGACGUUGGCCAUUAUGCUUCAGGAACAGCUGGAGGCCAUCAACAAAGAGAUCAAGCUAAUCCAAGAGGAGAAGGAGACAACAGAACAGAGGGCAGAGGAGCUGGAGAACAGGGUGUCCAGCUCUGGCCUUGACUCACUGGGCCGCUACCGAAGCAGCUGCUCAUUGCCUCCUUCCCUCACCACCUCUACUCUUGCCAGCCCUUCACCUCCCAGCUCUGGCCACUCAACACCCCGUCUGGCACCCCCUAGCCCUGCCCGUGAGGGCACUGACAAGGCUAAUCAUGUCCCUAAGGAGGAAGCUGGGGCUCCACGAGGGGAGGGUCCGGCCAUCCCAGGAGAUACUCCACCACCCACCCCCCGCUCUGCCCGUCUUGAGAGAAUGACCCAGGCCUUGGCACUUCAGGCAGGGUCCCUGGAAGAUGGGGCACCUUCACGGGGAAGUGAGGGCACCCCAGAUUCCCUGCACAAAGCCCCCAAGAAGAAGAGCAUCAAGUCAUCCAUAGGCCGUCUCUUUGGUAAGAAAGAGAAAGGACGAAUAGGACCCCCAGGCCGGGACAGCUCUUCUCUUGCUGGAACACCCUCAGAUGAGACGUUGGCCACUGACCCUCUGGGGCUAGCCAAGCUGACAGGCCCAGGAGACAAGGACCGAAGGAACAAGAGAAAGCAUGAACUCCUGGAAGAGGCCUGCCGCCAGGGCCUGCCUUUUGCUGCCUGGGACGGGCCCACAGUGGUCUCCUGGCUGGAGCUGUGGGUAGGCAUGCCUGCGUGGUACGUUGCCGCCUGCCGUGCUAAUGUCAAGAGUGGUGCCAUCAUGGCCAACUUGUCAGACACGGAGAUCCAGCGCGAGAUAGGCAUCAGCAACCCGUUGCACCGGCUCAAGCUACGCCUCGCGAUCCAGGAGAUGGUCUCGCUCACCUCGCCCUCGGCCCCCGCCUCCUCCCGCACGUCCACAGGAAAUGUGUGGAUGACACACGAGGAGAUGGAGUCCCUGACAGCCACGACCAAGCCUGAGACCAAGGAAAUCAGCUGGGAGCAGAUCCUGGCUUAUGGUGACAUGAACCACGAGUGGGUGGGGAACGACUGGUUGCCCAGCCUGGGGCUGCCCCAAUACCGCAGCUACUUCAUGGAGUCACUGGUGGAUGCUCGAAUGUUAGAUCACCUUAACAAGAAGGAGCUCCGGGGCCAACUCAAGAUGGUGGACAGCUUCCACAGGGUGAGUCUGCAUUAUGGGAUUAUGUGCCUGAAACGGCUCAACUAUGACCGGAAGGACCUGGAGCGGAGGCGGGAAGAGAGUCAGACCCAGAUCCGAGACGUGAUGGUGUGGUCCAAUGAACGGGUCAUGGGUUGGGUGUCCGGGCUGGGCCUGAAGGAAUUCGCCACGAACCUCACGGAGAGCGGGGUACACGGGGCGCUGCUCGCCUUGGACGAGACCUUCGACUACUCCGACCUGGCCUUGCUCCUGCAGAUCCCCACACAGAAUUCACAGGCCCGGCAACUCCUGGAGAAGGAAUUCAGCAACCUCAUUUCCUUAGGCACAGACAGACGACUGGACGAGGACAGCGCCAAGUCCUUCAGCCGCUCCCCAUCCUGGCGGAAGAUGUUCCGAGAAAAAGACCUCCGAGGCGUAACCCCCGACUCGGCUGAGAUGCUGCCCCCCAACUUUCGUUCGGCUGCAGCAGGAGCCCUGGGCUCGCCGGGGCUCCCUCUCCGCAAGCUGCAGCCGGAAGGUGAAGGGCUUCCCAAAGCGACAUCCCUUAUCCCUUCCCCUUCCUCAGGGUCAGACUUCUGGGAGUUCCCGGGCAGAUGGCGUUUCGGUCCGAACCUAUUCCUGCUAGUGCAGGCCUCCAGGUGACCUCGCUCGGACGGAAGACUCUUCCAGAGGCUGGGCUCUUCCCCUCCUGCCCAGAGUCUGGUCUCUCCGGGGAGAGCGGGCGGGGGAGCUUGUGCCACGGACUGGACCAUCUGUACAGAGGCGGGAGUGUGCGCGCCCGCUUCCCAGAUGGACUGGGCCUGGGCCAGUGCCACACCACAUGAACUGGACUGAGAGAGGGAAAGAAGAGGGCGAGAGGAAAUCUUGCCCCAAACAUCUGCCUUCCUUUUCUCUACUUUGUAAUUUAUUGAUCAGUUUCCGGUGGGAGACGGGUGCCCUCUACCCAAGGGGAGGGGGCGGGGCUUCCCUCUCGGGCCGCAUGCGGGGUGGGGGAGGCUGCCCCUCCCUUUUUUCCUGCCCAGUCGCGGGGCCCAAGUCUUCCUUCUUCGUCCGUAAGGAGGGGAGGGGGACUCGCUGCUACAAGCCUCGCCCCCUGUGCCACUCAGCCCCGCCCUACUGCGUCAGGUCGCGGGUUCCCGGGGUCAUCUGCGGGCAGGGUCUCCUCUCCCUCCCCCGUGUCUCGUGUCCCCGGGGCCUUCCCGUCCCCCGUGCUGUGGCCGUGUCUGUGCCCCGGGGGUAGGGGGCGCAGCACUGCGUUCCCUGUUCCCCUCCGGCUCCGGGGUUUGCAUGGGAGAAUCCUCUUUCCACGAUGCCACUGGGCGAAGUGGCGUGGGGGGACAGGAAGGGGGAGUCCUCGCCCCCGACUCUCAGCUGCCUCCCCACCCCGGCGUCACUCAGUGAUCACGGGUAAAGAGAACUGUUUCAAAAA